UUUAGUGGCUUUCUUCCUCUUCCACCUGGGUCCCAGGGAUUGAACCCAGGCUGUCCACCUCAGCAACAGCACCUUUAACCACCGAAUCAUCUCGUCAGCCUUGCGUUUUGUUUGUUUUUGUUUUUUUUUCAUCCUAGAAGAUGCAUGUUAUUGCUAGGUGUGGUGGAUCACAGCAACUUUGAGGCUGAGACAGAGGGAUUGCUGUGAGUUCCUGGCUAGUCUAGGCUACAGACAGUAAGACCCUGUCUCCAAAAACACCAGAAAGAUGUGCACUCUGUGGGCAGCAUACUUUAGUGUCUUCGGUGUUUAGGUCUGAAGUUCUUUCCUCAUUGGCUUUUUCAAUUUUCUAGUCUGUUAAAUUAUCAGAAAGUAAUGUUGGUGCCAAGCUUUAUAUCUUUGGGACUUAUCUGUGAGUCAGGGCUAGAAGAAUGCCAGUCCCCUCUGUUGAGCCUCCUGGAAGGCAUGUGGGCACGUGGCCCUGGGUUUACUGUCAUAAGUGUAGGCACCAGAGAUGGAGGAGAUAGGGGCCCCAUUGUCUGCUGCAUGGGACUGCAAAUAUGCCACGUGCAUUGUGUGCUGCUGCGCAAGAAGCAAUGUGAUGACAGCUUCUGGGGGUGGGUUGUCAAAGGCAGGCUGACAUACCAGGCAGCCCGGGUUCUGAGGCCAGAAUCGCCGGGGGAGCAGACUUCUUAGAUUCUUAGAGGACCUGAUGGCUUCAAAAUCCCAGCACAACGCCCCCAAAAACAAGAGUCGGAAUGGCAAGGCUGAAUCUCAAGGACAAUGGGGCCGGGCCUGGGAAGUGGACUGGUUCUCCCUGGCCAGCGUCAUUUUCUUGCUACUCUUUGCUCCAUUCAUUGUGUACUACUUCAUCAUGGCAUGUGACCAGUACAGCUGCUCGUUGACCACCCCCAUCGUGGACGUAGCCACCGGCCGCGCCCAUCUGGCAGACAUCUGGGCCAAGACACCACCUGUGACAGCUAAAGCUGUCCAACUGUACACCUUGUGGGUCAGCUUUCAGGUGCUUCUUUAUUCCUGGCUUCCUGACUUCUGCCACAGAUUUCUGCCAGGUUAUGUGGGAGGUGUCCAAGAAGGUGCCAUAACUCCAGCAGGAGUUGUAAACAAGUAUGAAGUGAACGGGCUGCAAGCCUGGCUCAUAACUCACUUCCUCUGGUUUUUGAACGCUUACCUCCUAUCCUGGUUCUCCCCCACCAUCAUCUUUGAUAACUGGAUUCCACUGCUAUGGUGUGCCAACAUUCUGGGCUAUGCUGUGUCCACAUUCGCAAUGAUCAAGGGCUACCUGUUCCCCACCAGUGUGGAAGACCGCAAAUUCACAGGCAAUUUCUUCUACAACUAUAUGAUGGGCAUUGAGUUCAACCCUCGCAUUGGAAAGUGGUUUGACUUCAAGCUGUUCUUCAAUGGACGCCCAGGGAUCGUGGCCUGGACCCUUAUCAACCUGUCCUUUGCUGCCAAACAGCAGGAGCUUUAUGGCCAUGUGACCAACUCUAUGAUUUUGGUCAAUGUCCUGCAGGCCAUCUAUGUGUUAGACUUCUUCUGGAAUGAAACCUGGUACCUGAAGACCAUUGACAUCUGCCAUGACCACUUUGGGUGGUACCUGGGCUGGGGUGACUGCGUGUGGCUGCCCUACCUCUACACACUGCAGGGCCUGUACUUGGUGUACCACCCUGUGCAGCUCUCUACUCCCAAUGCUGUGGGCAUCCUGCUGCUCGGCCUGGUGGGUUACUAUAUCUUCCGAAUGACCAACCAUCAGAAGGACCUGUUCCGCAGAACAAAUGGAUGCUGCCUCAUCUGGGGCAAGAAGCCCAAGGCCAUCGAGUGCUCCUACACCUCAGCCGAUGGGCAGAAACACCACAGCAAGCUGUUGGUGUCGGGCUUCUGGGGUGUGGCCCGCCACUUCAAUUAUACUGGUGAUCUGAUGGGCAGCCUAGCCUACUGCCUGGCUUGUGGUGGUGGCCACCUCCUCCCCUACUUCUACAUCAUCUACAUGACUAUCCUGCUCACCCACCGCUGCCUCCGUGACGAACACCGCUGUGCCAACAAGUAUGGCCGUGACUGGGAGCGCUACACGGCCACAGUGCCCUACCGUCUGCUGCCUGGAAUCUUCUGAGGACCAUUCUGGGAAGCAUAGGGAGGUUUUAUCGAAUGCGUGGAGUUGGAUGCAUGGGGACUGGCAUCCUCCUACAGGGGUGUCAGUUUGCUCAUGUGGAAAAUGGAGAGCCUGGUGCCCAACAGUGUCUGUCUGGUGGCAGCUGGACUAACCCUCCAGCAGACUGACUGUUUUCUUGAUUGAACAUUCUGAGGGCAGAGGUCCUUGGCCCUUUCAUGUCUGUCUUUAUGUUGGGAGCCCUUGAUCUGUGUUGCCCGGAUGGCUUAGGCUCACCAUGUAUCUCCCAGGACUGGGCCGACCUGUUAAGCUGGAGACAAUGUGGGAUCUAAGGAUUUUGACACUGCCCCCCUCCUCUCCUGUUCUGCCAUGGUGGACUGGACCCCUGGGCCAUUUUUGUGUGAAGGGGUGUGCAGUAUUGAUCAGCAGAGGGCUCAGAGGCCAUUGCAGGAGGAAGGCUUUCUCUUUAGGUUCUUGUUUCUUGUUCUUAGCCCAGGAGUGCCAGGCAGUGGACUGGGAAGUUACAGUGGUAGGGACUUCACAGUUCCUGGCUAAUCUACUAAAGUCUUUGUGACAUGAGACAGUUUCCAGGACAGGACUCCCUGAGCACCCACCCACCUAGCAGCUCAGCCACCUGCCCUCUUCUGGAAGAUGCUUCUUGUUCACCCCAAGACACUUGGUUCCAGGGUAAACAGAUUUGGCUUAGACAACCCAGAACGUAUCACCAGCCAGUGGCCUCAGCCACACCUUCCUCAACAGGAGUUCCAGUGUUGGAGAGGGGACCCAUUCUCAUUAGGGCCACUGGCCCCUAAAACUCAGGGUAUUCUGUAAAACUAGAUAGGAUCCUCUUAGCCUUGCUGAUGAUUCUUUGUAUUAAAUCUGCUUUUUAAAAUGUG